AUGGCAAUAGCUAAUUUGAAGAGUGUCUCACAAUGGACCCGUGGCCUCAAGCUCAAAGAUGGUGCAAAUCCCAAUGAACGGAAAAUCGACAUCUUUCUUGUAGUCUACGAUCAAGGUGCUGACGCCGGCCUCACUGCGUAUAUAACGCCAAGAUGCGGUCAGGCGCUGCACGGUAUCCAGCACAUAGCCGCGCCUGUCAACAACCCAGCGAUCAUAACGAUGAAAGUCAACUUCCCUCCUCAUGCCGGUCUGGAAUUUGUAAAGACUGCGCGUCAUGAUACAUACCCUGCGAUCGACCCCGCAAAAGCCAACCUCGCCGGACAGGUCGUCCUCGUAACUGGCGCGUCGAGGGGCAUUGGAAAGGCCAUCGCAAUCGCGUUUGCGCAAUCUGGCGCCUCUGGACUUGUGCUUCUCGCCCGCUCCGAUCUCAGUGCGACAAAGGCUGCGUGUGAGGCCGCGGCGACGCGUCCGGGCCAGUCGCUCAAGGUCCUGACGGUCAACGUCGACGCGAGUGACACUGCCCAAGUGGACGCCGCCAUAGCGAAGGUCAAGGAGACAUUCGGACGGCUCGAUAUUGUGAUCAACAACGCCGGUGCCUGCAACCCCGGCUCCCUCAUCGCAGACUCGGACCCGAAGCUGUGGUGGCACACUUGGGAUGUGAACAUUCGCGGAACGUAUGAAGUCACGCGGGCUGCGUUGCCGCUGCUCGUCGAGAGCAAGGGAAACAAGACGAUCAUCCUCGUCAGCAGCGCGGCUGCCCAUGGGAUCAUUGAGACGCAUAACUCUGCGUACGGGAUGUCGAAGCUUGCGCAGCUUCGCUUCGCGGAGCUCCUGACGAAUGAAUACGGAGACAAGGGUGUUGUUGCACUCGCAGUGCAUCCCGGUGCAAUCCCCACCGACAUGAACGCAGAUAUAUCGGACGAUUUCAAGGCGUACCUCAUCGACACGCCGGAAAUUGCCUCGCACACCAUCGUUUGGCUUGCACGGGAGCCUAGGGCUUGGUUAUCUGGACGAUACAUCAGCUGUCAGUGGGAUAUGGAGGAGCUGGAGGCGAAGAGGCAAGAGAUUGUCGACGGCGACAAGCUCAAGGUCAGAAUGGCUAUUUAG